AUGUCAAUCUCUUUUUACGUGCUGACUUUUUCGACCGGCCGGGCAACUGUGUACUCACCACAUCCUACGGGACCCUCGUUAUCCAUCCGAGAACUGAAUGAAACCAGAUUCGUCGAAAGCGCAAGUGAGCGUUUGGACAGCCAACGAAAUUCCGAAGUUGCAGAGCCCAGAGACAAAUUACCAGUCGCUUCAGUUGGAAAUCAAGCCCUGACAGUUGAGCACGUCCCCUCGCCUAUUGAUUCAAAGACCGACCCGGAAUCCAUGCGCUACGUUAAUCUCCGUGGAUUCAAUAUUGGACUAAGCUUAGCAGUCUGCUACGCAUCGACAUGCGGAGGUUUGGCCACGGUGACGGGCACAGGGCCGAAUGCAAUAUUCUUCGGACAGGUGAACAGUCGUUAUGGUGAAAUGACUGGCCUAAACUUUGGUUCCUGGAUGGCAUUCGCCAUGCCUAUCUCGAUUCUCAUGCUAUUGGUGACGUGGAUUGUACUCACAAUGAUUUAUAUCGGCCCGAAUAACCCGUUCUUGACUAACUACACAACAUAUUUAAUUGUCUUUUGUCGAUACCUGUGCUUCAGGGCCUUCUGUUUGUGCAGACUGGACAGGGACCAAGCGUUGCUGGUUCGAGAAGUGAUGCAUCGGGAAUAUAAGAAGCUUGGAGGAUUCACUUACGCAGAAGGUUGCUGUUGCGUCUUAUUCGCGGUCAUCACAUCCUUGUGGGUGACUCGAAAUAUUGGCGAAUUUGGAUGGUCCAAGUUCUUCAAAUCAGACAAGAAUCCAACACAAAUAUACGUCAGCGAUUCACAGCCGGCCAUGUUGGUUGCCUUGUUGGCCAUGAUACUGCCUGCCGUCAGCCCGAUCGAACUUUGGCGAUUACAAUACAAACGCCUCAGUAAUAGUGCAGGUAUGUCCAGUUCUGAAUCGAUUUUGCACAGUCGGAAGCUUAUGUGCAUCAUGCUGGGUAAGGUACACAUGUCGUCGGAAACUGCAGGAAACGAUAAAAAUAGGUCAGUUGAGGAUGAAGUUAAUGCCAACCCUAUCAGUGUCGUGAAUUCGAUGGCUGGAUAUCAAGACAACGUUGUAUUCGCAGCACUUGCCACAGUCUCCACACAAGAGCCUCACUUUUCCCUUCUCUCCACGCGUUUCGCUUUUCUUUCAGAAACGGCCGAACUUAAAAAUGAAUCCCUUCUUCCCUGGAACGUUGUACAAAAGCGAGUACCUUGGGGUAUAAUUUUUGUGCUCGGUGGAGGGUUUGCACUGUCGGAUGUAUGCCAGUAUUCCGGAUUGUCCGCUGUGAUCGGGAGGUAUCUGAUGGAACAUGUUAACGGAUUGCCUGUUUUCGGACUGGUCGCCAUUUUCUCAAUACUCGGCGCAUUCUUUACAGAACUCACCUCAAACGCCGCAACCAUCUCAAUUCUGCUUCCGAUUCUGUUCAGCUUGUCGGAAAGCAUGCGAAUACAUCCAUUUCUGCUCACCCUUCCGACGACCGUCGCAACGUCGUUUGCGUUCUGCUUACCCGCGGCCACUCCACCGAAUUCCAUAGUUUUUGGACGAGGACGUGUUAGGGUGAAGGAUAUGAUAAAAUCUGGCCUGUUCCUCAAUGUCGUUGGUUGUCUGAUCACUCUUGUAGCAACCAUAAGCUACGCGGUUCCGUUAUUUCAAAUGGACACACUUCCACAAUGGGCAGUGAAUAUCACUUCCACACAAGCAGUCUGA